UUGCGAUUUUUCCUCCCCUUCCAGAUUCUGAAUCAGUCCUUUGGAAACAUUCCCUACAGUCGUUCUAAUCCCCACAAUUCUUCUACAAUGGUUAUAUUCCCUACAACCGUUAGGACAUAUACCUGCAAAGGACAAAACCCAGAGGACGAUAAUGGCUUUUUGAUAUCUUUUUAAAUAUUUAGUUGCUCCUGAACGCUAGUCAAGAAAACAUUACGUAGUUAUCAUUACUAUUUCCUCUAAUUACAAGACUAUAUUUGUAUUGUAACUUGACAACGUUUGAAGAAGAACGUUAUAAUAAAAUAAAUAUCUAUCGAAAAUGGGUCGAAGAAAAGUUAAACGAGAAACGCCACAAAGAAAAACAGCGAUCGUACCUAUGGAUAUGCUAUUUACGUGUCCAUUUUGUAAUCAUGAGAAGUCAUGUGAAGUUAAAAUGGACCAGCAUCGAAAAAUAGCAAAAAUUUCAUGUCGAAUUUGUUCAGAAGAUUUUCAAACCAAUAUUAACAUGUUAUCAGAACCAAUUGAUGUGUACAACGAUUGGAUCGACGCCUGUGAUGCUAUUAAUUAACACCAACAUAGAAAAGUUUGACGUUCCUUUUUUGCAUAAUUGACUUAUUGUAUAAACUAUAUAUUUGAUAUGUAUCAACGAUCUUUUUUAAUCAUGAAAGCAAUGAUUUUAAUCAAUAAAGUAUGAAUGAUAUUUUAUAUAUAUAUAUACAAUUAAUAAAUCUAUGUAAAAUGUUAAUUCGAAGAUACAACUGUUUUGUAGCAAAAAAAUUGUAAAAAAUAUAAAUAUAUUACUAAUGAAAACUAAAA